CACCAGAUAAACUCAACUUCCUCUUUCAACAACAAAUGUGUCAGUUAUCAGCAGGAUCCAUGCCGCCAGAGUAAAGCUUUUUACCCUUUGCUCCCUGCAAAGAAACAAGAGUACUUAUCCCAGCUAAACUCCAGGGAACCAUAAAUCCAUGGCUUACCUUGACAAAUAUACUGAAAUAUUCAAGAUGGGUAGCAACAGUACCAGCACUGCUGAGAUUAACUGUAAUGUCACUAAUGUGAAAUUUCAAUACUCCCUUUAUGCAACCACCUAUAUCCUCAUAUUCAUUCCUGGUCUUCUGGCUAACAGUGCAGCCUUGUGGGUUCUGUGCCGCUUCAUCAGCAAGAAAAAUAAAGCCAUCAUUUUCAUGAUCAACCUCUCUGUGGCUGACCUUGCUCACGUACUAUCUUUACCCCUCCGGAUUUACUAUUACAUCAGCCACCACUGGCCUUUCCAGAGAGGACUUUGCCUGCUCUGCUUCUACUUGAAGUAUCUCAACAUGUAUGCCAGCAUUUGUUUCCUGACGUGCAUCAGUCUUCAAAGGUGCUUUUUUCUCCUCAAGCCCUUCAGGGCCAGAGACUGGAAGCGUAGGUACGAUGUGGGCAUCAGUGCUGCCAUUUGGAUCAUUGUGGGGACUGCCUGUUUGCCAUUUCCCAUCCUGAGAAGCACAGACUUAAACAACAACAAGUCCUGCUUUGCUGAUCUUGGAUACAAGCAAAUGAAUGCAGUUGCAUUGGUCGGGAUGAUUACAGUUGCUGAGCUUGCAGGAUUUGUGAUCCCCGUGAUCAUCAUUGCAUGGUGUACCUGGAAAACUACUAUAUCCUUGAGACAGCCACCAAUGGCUUUCCAAGGGAUCAGUGAGAGGCAGAAAGCACUGCGGAUGGUGUUCAUGUGUGCUGCAGUCUUCUUCAUCUGCUUCACUCCCUAUCAUAUUAACUUUAUUUUUUACACCAUGGUAAAGGAAACCAUCAUUAGCAGUUGUCCCAUUGUCCGAAUUGCACUGUAUUUCCACCCCUUUUGCCUGUGCCUUGCAAGUCUCUGCUGCCUUCUGGAUCCAAUUCUUUAUUACUUUAUGGCUUCAGAGUUUCGUGACCAACUCUCCCGCCAUGGCAGUUCUGUGACCCGCUCCCGCCUCAUGAGCAAGGAGAGUGGUUCAUCAAUGAUUGGCUAAAAUUAAGAUAUCUCUUUAAUUAUGACUUUGUUUACCUACAUUCCUUGUAUUUUUCCCAAAGGCCAGAGUUGAAAACCAAUUUCUUUAAUUGAACCUUGUGAAGAACAGAAAUAAGUACUUUUUGUGUGAUAUUCACAGUCAACAGAGGUGUGAUGGUGAAGGCAGAGUGUGAAAAAUGUGAGAGAGGAAGAGAAAAUAGAUUUACCUGAUUCUGCUUUGAAAUUCAAGCCACUUUCUUAUUUAAGAAAUCUAGAUCAAAUUUUUACAGAUGUAAAUAAAAGUUGAAUUUUUUACCUUAAAUUUUUUUCAAUAAGUAAGUUAUUGUUAAUAAUGCACAGUAAAUAUGUGAGUUUGUCCUAGCAUGUAAAAAAAUAGCUUUCAU